UAAUCCUUUUCCACUUUAAACAAUAACGCAUGCUUAAUUAUUCAUAUAAGUGAUAAUGAUUAUUCAUUUCGAUCUGAUCUAUUACAAUUUUAAUUUCUCUAAUCGAAUUCGCGAAUUCCGACACCAUUUCCUGUUGAGCGAAAACAUCAUACUGUGUCGCGCCGGUGUGAUUUCUUCUGGGCCUCACUGUAGAACGCAAUAUCGCGAUGCGCGCCGCCGUGACUUUCCGCAUGCUCCACUCGGCUUCGCUUUAAUCGCCCGCUUCAGUCGAGUACGACGCGCGCUCCUGAACGGAUUGGGUUUUUGUCGCACGCGCGCGCGGCAGAACUCGAAGACUCGGGUCUUCGCCGCCACUGCCGUGUCACGUCACGAGCCGAGCUCAGUCGUGAACGAACACGCCACACGAUCGACGUCGUGCGGGCGCGGUAUUUACGUGACGGGAUACAAGGAACGGCAGUGACAAACAUCAAAUCUGUGAAUAUUAUUUUUCACAAGAAUAAUUUAGUCAAUUAUAACUCAGCGACGCUUUACUAGAAAUUUUAUGGUAAACGUACAUUAUAUAAUUAAUAUUUUCAAGACAAGAAUAUCAGUGGUGCAUCCGAAAUAAAUAAAUAAAUACAUUUUGCCGAAGCGUAACAUAAAUAUCGGAGAAUCUGUUAAAUCGCUAUCGACUCUGUAUUUCGGGAUUAUAUUUGCGGCACAACGAUACAGAAAAAGGAAACGGAGGCCUUGAAGAUAUUCGAGUGCAGGAUCAAUUUCUUGAUUGACCGGCGCUCCAAGCUCGCUCGUCUACUUUUUCCCGAUCGAGCGAUCGCCGCGCACGCGCAAACGUCGCGCGCGUUCAAGGUUUUUAAUUGGUGCGUCCUGUGAGUAAUAAUAUCGGUAAACUUCCCGCGAGCGUGUAUCGAUAAUCGGCAAACACUCCUUCCUUGGCUCGCUCGAUUAUUGUUCACGUGAAAAAUAAAUUUAACAACGCGACUGCAUUCGUGGCACUACAUUUUGCCACGUGAACGGCGAUUCCACACAGUUCGAUUGAAUUGUCCCCAGUUUGCAUUUCAUUUAUCGUCUUUCCAAUCAAUGAUUCUACUGUGACCUUUGUGAUCUUGAUCACUGCAAGGGCAGUUUCGAUUAGCCGAGUCGAGUCAAGUCCAGAAACGGUGAAAGUUUGCACGAGCAUUGGCACAUGUACACACAUAUAUCGAAAAAAGAAAGUAUCGUAAUUCAGACGAGGAGAGCAAGUCAGCACGGCGAUAUUCGAGGACGUUGAAUCGCGAGCAGACGAGUAAAGUUUCUGUUAAAAAUUCCAAUGCGGUGCGAUGCCGCCACGAUGACAUAGACGGCGAGCGGCGGCUCAGAAAGUCAAAUUGAUCCAAAACUUUUCUGGUGAAUUGUGGUUACCUCUCUGUGUGCGUGCGCGAAGAGCGGGAGGAGGAAGAACGAUUCCGACGAUCCUCGAAGAACGAGCACGCUAAAUGAAAAUCUUACUAUGCUAAGAUAUGACGACGGACAACUGUCUUCAAGCCUGCAGUUCCAAAAUCUAACAACGCGGGAACUGAUCAGUGAGACUUGGCGGCACGCGAAGGUGGUGUCCGCGGGCACCACCGAAAGCUGGGGCAUCUCGAGAACGCGGAGGAAGAGGAUUUGGCGGAGGAGGAGGUGGCUCACAGGCGGGAGGAAAAGUCGACGGUGACUAUUCACCCCACAUGGACGCCAUCCCCAAAACACCUCCCGUACCCUCAACAUCAAAACUGCAGUCUCUUUUGUCGCCAUUAUCUCGCCGCGGAAUAUCCGACUUGAACAUUGCGGUGCCGUCACCACUGCCACCGCCGCCGUGUCGUGCCUUAUGUCAACAUCGUCAAGUAUUCGCUAGGAGACUAUCCUCACGAUCCAUCGUUCUCGUCGGUGACAAUUUUCGCCGAGCGCGGAAAAAACGUCAUCUUUACCAACGCCGUCCUUAUUGUCACCUACGUGCCUCAAUCCCCCUUGUUCUCCACGCUCCGAGGAAUUGUCGGCACUUCGUCACUCUUUCAACGUCCUUGGAACGGAGUGUCACCCUGAAUUGUCCACCGCUGCUGGCAGUGGGACGAUUCUGUGCCUAAGAAGUGAUCCCGCACAGCACCAAGAACAACCAUCGCACCACUCAAGAGCAACGAUAACGUUAACUAUCCGCUGGACGGAGGGAGAAUUUUUUACGCACCCUGUUUUUACACCGCGUUUUCAACUCACAUUUGAUACACACCAGGACUUCACGAGGACUGAUCAGCGUCACACUGUUAAGGAAUCGCGUCGUCGUCCAACGACCGUCAUCUUUCGCGUCGGCAUCGAACAUAUCGACAGAUUCCGUCCACAAGCGCCUAACUCAGGAAUACGGUGUAAGAUUAUUGAACUACGCAAACAAUGUCACGUAGCGCUGCCACACGGCCUAUGCAGGAAACAGAGAGGCGGAUUCGCGCCAACAAUCGUGAAUACAACUCACAAUUUCAUUAUGCGAAUAAUUACAUCAAGACGUCCAAGUAUUCAGUUCUGACGUUCCUUCCAUUAAAUUUGUUCGAGCAAUUUCAACGACUCGCCAACUUUUAUUUCCUAUGCCUGUUAGUACUUCAGAUGAUCCCCGCAAUAUCCUCCUUGACCCCUAUCACCACAGCUAUACCGCUUAUAGGGGUACUCACGCUCACUGCCGUCAAAGAUGCCUACGACGACUUUCAACGGCAUAGCAGCGAUUCUCAAGUAAACAAUAGAAAGUCCCGAACAUUACGGGGUACUAAUUUACGCGAGGAGAGAUGGUCGCAGGUACAAGUGGGUGAUGUAAUUAGAAUGGAGAAUGAUCAGUUUGUGGCGGCAGACGUUCUACUCCUGACAACUAGUGAGCCGAACGGCCUCUGUUACAUCGAAACAGCGGAAUUGGACGGAGAGACGAAUCUGAAAUGUCGUCAGUGCCUGCCCGAAACUGCCGAGAUGAUGGAUAAUCACGAGUUGAUCGGUCAGUUUGAUGGGGAGAUCGUUUGCGAAGUCCCUAAUAAUUUAUUGAAUAAAUUCGAUGGGACGCUCACGUGGAAAGGACACAAGUAUCCAUUGGAUAACGACAAGAUAAUUUUACGGGGUUGCGUACUGAGGAACACGCAAUGGUGCUACGGCAUGGUGAUCUUUGCGGGCAAGGAUACCAAACUAAUGCAAAACUCAGGGAAGACGAAAUUUAAAAGGACCUCCAUAGACAGGCUACUGAAUCUUCUCAUCAUCGGGAUCGUGUUCUUCUUGCUCUCCUUGUGCUUGUUCUGCAUGGUCGGCUGCGGCAUUUGGGAGAGCCUAGUGGGCCGUUAUUUUCAAGUGUACCUACCAUGGGACUCGCUAGUGCCGAGCGAGCCUAUUACCGGCGCUACAGUGAAUGCCCUACUCGUAUUCUUUUCAUACUCAAUCGUAUUGAACACAGUAGUGCCGAUCAGUUUGUACGUGAGUGUCGAAGUGAUACGAUUCGUACAGUCAUUCCUGAUUAAUUGGGACGAGGAAAUGUAUCACGCGUCCACGAAAACGCACGCGAAAGCGCGAACUACAACACUGAACGAGGAACUGGGCCAGAUAGAGUAUAUAUUCUCCGAUAAAACCGGCACAUUAACGCAAAAUAUAAUGACUUUCAAUAAGUGUUCCGUGGCGGGCAAGUGUUACGGCGAUGUCAUCGACGAGGUCACUGGCGAAGUCAUCGAUUUGAGCGAGACGGACAGAGCUGUCCCAACGCUGACGAUGCAUUGGAAGAGCGGGCAGGAAUUCGUACGCCCAAUUUAUACGCCAUUAAACGAUCCGAAUGUACGUCUCCUGGAACAGGCGGACAGAGUGUCCAGUUCAACGCCGGAACCUGGCAUCAAUGGCAGCCCAAAUAUCCUGCACAAGUCUUCAACAAUGCCACCGUUGGAUUUCUCGUUUAAUAAGGACUACGAGCCGGAGUUCAAGUUUUACGAUCCGGCGUUGCUUGAGGCCGUGAGACGGGACAACCAGGACGUUCACAGUUUCUUCAGGCUGCUGGCAGUUUGUCACACCGUUAUGCCAGAGGAGAAACACGGCAAGAUCGAAUACCAGGCGCAGUCACCUGAUGAGGCCGCCUUGGUGUCCGCUGCGAGGAAUUUUGGUUUCGUUUUUAAAGAGAGAUCUCCCAAUAGCAUCACGAUCGAAGUGAUGGGAAAGAAGGAGAUAUACGAGCUACUCUGUAUUUUGGACUUCAAUAAUGUGCGAAAGAGGAUGUCCGUGAUAUUGCGAAAAGAUGGACAGUUACGAUUGUAUUGCAAGGGCGCGGAUAACGUGAUCUACGAACGCCUAAAGAAAGGUAGCGAGGAAAUAAUGGCAAAAACAUUGGAUCACCUAAACAAGUUCGCAGGUGAAGGCUUGAGAACAUUGUGCCUUUCCGUGAGAGAUUUGGACGAGAGCUUUUUCAAUAACUGGAAACAACGGCAUCAGGAGGCAGCGUUGAGCCAAGAGAACAGAGACGACAAGCUGGACGCAAUCUACGAAGAAAUAGAGAAAGAUAUGUCGCUAUUGGGCGCUACCGCUAUCGAAGAUAAGUUGCAGGAUGGCGUACCACAGACUAUCGCCAAUCUAAGUAUGGCUGGUAUCAAGCUUUGGGUGUUAACCGGUGAUAAACAAGAGACUGCUAUUAAUAUCGGGUAUUCGUGUCAGUUAUUAACUGACGACCUCACAGAUGUCUUCGUGAUAGAUGGUACCACGUACGAUAGCGUGGAAACGCAGUUGUUACGAUAUUUGGAGACCAUUAAGACAGCCUCGACUCAAAAGAAUCAACCGACUCUCUCCAUCGUCACAUUCAGGUGGGACAAGAAAAGCAGCGAUACAGAGUACAAUCCUAGCAGAGAGGAGCAGGACGAACACGAGAUGGAAACCCCGACGGAAUUCGCGGUGGUUAUCAAUGGGCAUUCUCUGGUUCACGCGUUACAUCCGCAGUUGGAACAGCUUUUCCUAGAAGUGUCGAGUCAAUGUAAAUCUGUAAUAUGUUGCCGAGUAACGCCGCUGCAAAAGGCAAUGGUUGUCGAAUUAAUCAAGAAAAAUAAGUCCGCGGUAACGUUGGCCAUCGGCGACGGCGCCAAUGAUGUCUCGAUGAUAAAAACUGCUCACAUCGGUGUCGGCAUCAGCGGACAGGAGGGCCUGCAAGCCGUAUUGGCGUCCGAUUAUUCAAUCGGGCAGUUCAGAUUUUUGGAGAGACUGCUUCUGGUUCACGGCAGAUGGUCGUACUACAGAAUGAGUAAAUUCCUUAGAUAUUUUUUCUAUAAGAAUUUCGCGUUCACUCUCUGCCACAUCUGGUUUGCCUUUUUCUGCGGAUUCAGCGCACAGACUGUGUUUGAUCCUAUGUACAUUUCUGUCUACAAUCUGUUUUACACUUCACUACCGGUUUUGGCUGUUGGUAUUUUUGAUCAGGACGUUAACGACAAGAACAGUCUGAUGUAUCCGAAGCUAUACGCACCAGGACUGCAAAAUUUACUCUUUAACAAGAAAGAAUUCUGUUGGAGCGCUAUACAUGGGUUUUUCGCUAGUUGUGUAUUAUUUCUAGUACCUUAUGGAACGUACAGAGACGGGGUAUCACCAAAGGGUUACGUACUUUCCGAUCACAUGCUACUAGGCAGCGUAGUGGCCACCAUAUUAGUCAUAGUAGUGACCGUACAGAUAGCCCUCGACACAUCGUACUGGACGAUCGUCAACCACAUCAUGGUGUGGGGUUCACUCAUUUGGUACUUUAUUCUAGAUUACUUCUACAACUUCGUCAUAGGCGGUAGUUACGUCGGCAGCCUUACGAUGGCGAUGUCAGAAGCAACCUUUUGGUUCACGACGGUAAUAUCCUGUAUAAUCCUCGUGAUACCGGUGCUGUCGUGGCGAUUCUUCUUCAUUGACGUCAGGCCGACGCUAUCGGAUAGGGUGAGACUGAAACAGCGACUGGCGCAGCUGCGUUCCCGCCAGAGCCAGGACAUCCUACGUACACCGUCCACAAGACGAACGCGCCGAUCCCUACGCUCCGGCUACGCGUUUGCCCACCAAGAGGGCUUCGGCAGGCUCAUCACGUCCGGCAAGAUCAUGCGCAAGUUGCCGAACGGUGCUGACUUUAAGUUCUCCAUGCCAUUCACGAACAACGUUACGAAACAGGUCAAUGUCGCCAGUACGUCGCCGAAGGAUAAUAGUGCAACCAGAAACUCGCACAGUCUGGACACUAUUAAUUUAUAAUAUCUCGGAUAUAUAUGUACAUAUAUAUAUAUAUAUAUAUAACGAUAAUCGAUUCAGUGCGCGGAUACUGAAGUGCAAGUGUUUUCUAGUAGAUUCCCCCCCCCCCCCUCGAUUCACUUGAUUACGAACAUUUCGCUAAUAUAUAUAUAUAUAUAUAUAUAUAUAUAUAUAUAUAUAUGUAUAUAUGUAUAUAUAUAUAUAUUCCGGUGUAUCCCAUUGAAAUCCUGUAUACUCUAAUAAAAAUUGGUUCUUUCGCAUUGAUCGAGAGACGCAAAGUGAUAUUGCAUACAGUAUUUGAGGAGGGUCUCAUGAUGAGUCGUUAUCUGUGAUUACGUUACGUUUAAUUUUAAACGUUUAUUUAUUCGUGAACGAACGAACGAAUUUUCCCCCAAGUAAUUACAAUCCUCUAUCUCGCGUACACAAUCCGCGAACGCAACGAUACAUUGAAAUAGACGCGAAAUAUAAUUCUCCGUUAGAAUACAGAAUAUUCUUAACGCAAUGAAUUCCAGUGGGAUACAUUGAGUUACAUCACGCUAGAGGUAGCAUAUGCUAUUUACGUCGCUAGGUCGUUAAGCAUUUACGGAGAUUUGUUACAGAUUACGACUUAAAUGUUAUUUUACGUGUUCAAUUACUAUUUUUUAAUUAUACUUUUGCACCAUUUCUGAAUUACGCAUACUUGAUUUAACAGUUUGGUGACACUGUAAUUGUAUAUGUAAAUAAUAGCAUAUAUAUAUUUUAUUAUAAUCGUAUAUAUAUUGUAUGGAAAAAUAGCUUAUGCUACAAUAUAGAUGCGUUUUUAAAUCUUGUGAAAUUUCAUACACGUACAAUUCUAUGAUCCUGUACAAUUCUGAACUGUGCAUUAUAAUAUUUUGCGGACAGUAUUUAUUAUGUAUUGUCCAAUGAAAUUUGAAGAAAUAAUUAUACGUUUUGGUUCCAUCAUAGUUUUGUACAAAACAGUAUUGUAAGCAAUUUCUAAUGAAAAAUACUACAUAAAAUAUAUAUUUUUUACUUUAAAUUUCUCGAAAAUUAAUAUUAUAAUUUCGGAAUAUUUAAUAAUUAAAUUAAGAAAUGAGUUGUAUUGCACUUAUUUAUUCAUACGUCUUGUGGGUAGAGUAUUAAUUUAUAAAAUAAAGAAAUUGUGAAAAUAUGGGAUUAAUUUACGUAAUUUACUUAGCAGGCGUUUUUGCUCUUGUCGCGAGCCUUAAACGAUAACAAAAAUACAUUUUCGGAAUUUAGUAUCGUUUGUAAUUUAACUGAAAUAAAUUUCCGGCCAAUUUUGCUGAAAAUGCUGAAAAAAAAACAAAAUUUAGAAACAGAGAAUUGAUGCAAUAACAAUGAAAAAAAAAAACAACAAUUUGCAAGCAUAAUUAUCGUGCACUUCCUGUGUAUAUAAUAGAAAUGUCACACAUAGAAAUAUGUCAAAAUCUUGUAAUAUUCUACUUUGUAUUAUACAUAAUCCUAGUAUAAAUAUACAAUGAUUGUAAAAACAAAAAACACAUUUAUUACAUAAUAACACUAUUAAGAUAUAAGAAUAAUAGUUAUAUUGAAUAAUUGCCUUGUAAGCCAUGAAUACAAGAAACGAUUUAAAACAUUGUAUCAUAGCAUUGAUUGUAAAUAUUUUAAAGAGAUAUAUAUAUUAAAUGUUAAGUAUAUACAUUUUUUAAAAGAAAGUAAUAUAUAGAUAGAAUGAUUUAAAAAGGGAAAUGCGAAGAUAUAAUAGCUAUAUUGUAUUACACAUUGUCACGGAUAAAGUUUGCCUUGGACUGAUUAUCAAAUAUAUAUAUAUAAUGUAUUAAAAUGAAAAGAAAACCAAUAUUGACACGAUGGAAUGUAUGUAUUUCUACUUUUAAUAUUAUGAUAAAAUCUAAGGAGAAAUAAUCUGUGUAAAAGUAUGUUCUAUACAAUGAAAUCAUGAUUUGAACACACGGAGAACACGAAAAGGAUUUUUGUUGCUUCAUGAAUGUUGUGCCUAAUCGUUAAAACUUAUACGUAGAGUGUCCCGAACUCCUAUGCGACUCGUUAGUUUAUAUACUUCGUUUCUUGUAACGAAUGUUUCUUUAUAACGCGUGGAAUAAUCGAAUUUAAAUAAUUAACAACAUUAUACAUGUACGCGCGCGCGCGCGCCACACACAUGCACACGACUAAUCAAUAAUUUACACAAUAGUUUCUUUUGUAUCGUCGUAUAUGCUCCUCCGAAGUUUGCAAUACAAAAAUGAAUUUUCUCAAAA